AUGCCUCGAGACGGAAGUGGUCGCUCACACAACGCCCCAGAGCUCACCGGCGAGACCGAUCAUGACAUCAUCCACGGCGCCGGCAACGAGCCCAAGGACGACCAUGUAGCACGCGCCGACAAGACGGCACCCAUGCCCGAGCCCGAGAAAGGACUGGCAUUGGAAGGCGUGCCGGCCACCGCAGGACAGAGCCAAGGCCUGGCUGAGGGACCAGACCGAGGUCAAGGCGGAAGAGGGAACAAGUAA